ACGUGCCGUGGCGGUGCGGGUUUUGUGAGCUUGAAGCUCUCCGUGCGGGGCUCGCGGGGACCAGGAAACGUCUGGAUCGGGUCACUUGUCUCAGCCGUGUGCGUGCGCACAUGCGAAGCGACCGGCGACGGGAAAUUCGUCCAUGUGUUUGGAUGUUUUUCCUUACAUAACGCUGGACGGAGCGGAGCGGGGUUACUUAAUCCACCGGCCGUGUGCUCAGUGCCGACUGCCGGACUCGCUGGUCCCACUGGGAUCCGGAACAAAGUGAUCAGAGCACAACUGCAGGUCCGUGAUGCCCUCUGCUGGCUGAGAGUCUAACUCCCACCAUGUCGACCUCCGACUCGGACUGCUCCAUCGACUGGCUCGCCAGCGACGACGACGACGACUGCGAGAGCCCGGGGAGAUUAAGUCCUCAGCAUGUGCAGGAGCCACUGAUACCACCGCCAUCAUCAUCAUCAUCAUCACCACCACCACCACCACCUUCCCUGUCGUUAAGGGAAUCUCCAAGCUGCUUCGGCUGUGGAGCCACCAGGAGGAGGAGCAGGAGUGAGCGCUGUGACUGUGAGGAAGGAGGCCACCGCGGGGUCGAUGCUGACUCUCCAGGCGCCCUGCACACCCCGGACGUCAGUCCAGUUCGGGGAUUUACGUCUGUGUAUUCACAGCAGACGCUUUCUGUGGAGUCAAAGCAUCGUUCAGCCAGGAAGAGAGCACUUGGUGCUGGCUUGGACUGUGAAAAGCCUCGAGCUGACGCUGAAGAUGAAUUAUUCUCGCAGAAGUGCGUGGAGCUGCAGUGCUACAUCCAGCCUCUGUCGUCCAUCCUGCGGGGCCUGAGAUCAGGCAGGUACUCUGAACGUCUCAGCAGCUUUCAGGAGAGCGUCGCCAUGGACCGAAUCCAGAGAAUAACGGGCGUCCUUCAGAAUCCAAACGUGGGCGGACGCUUCCUCAGCAUCGUACUGAAAAUAGAGAAAAUGCUUCAAAGUUGGUUCCCCCACGUCAAACCGAAUGUGACCCAGACGGACGACUGCAGUCCGCCUAAGAAGCAAAAGCAGCAUCACAGCAGUGCCUCCCCUCCUCCACCCUCUGUGGCGUCGCUCCGCUCCUCAGACGCGGAGUCGACUCUCGCCUGCUCGUACUCCUCCACCCACCUGAAAUGGCUCCACACGUCGCCCAUCUGCUCCCUGAAAACUCCUGAAUCGACGCUCGGCCGAUGCGCAGCCUCCCCUCCGCCCGCACGCUGCAGCCAGGAAGUGACGCAGGACGAUGCCGUCUCCUCCAGCACCGACUUCCACACGGAGGCCCUGCGCCGCUUCCACGUCGACCCUCGACUCAACCAGAGGCCUCUGGCCUUCAAGAUCAGCUCGCCGUGUCUGGAAAGACUCCUGCAGGCGAAGGAGAGCAUCAUCGCUCCCAGGACUGCGGGAGGAGACGGAGGCUGGCUGUCGUAGCCGCCUGCAGUUUGAGCGGACGCUUCAUGCGCUGAUCUGGGGUCAGAUCUGUGUGAGACUCAGGCCCCCCCAACAUGGCUUCCUGAAGACACUAAAAGGCCUUAAAAAAAGCAUGUUUCAAAGUCUUCUGCAUCUUUUUAAAAUCUACAGCUGAUGGAUUUCAGGUUCUUUAGGGCGAACGGAAAGAAUCCGAAUGUGACAAAAACGUGACAACGUGGAACCUCGUUUAAAAGCUGGCUGUUCAGGAUGUUUUUAAAGGCAAACGCUGGACCUCCAGUUUUCACUGAUGUCUGAGUUGGAUGGAUGAGUUCAGAGGUUAAGUCGAUGAGGGGGGUCGUUACCGAGACCCUCGACACCAGACUGAGGGAACGAACAGUCAGGGAUCGUGAGAACACGGACCGCGUUUAAGGAUCUGAAUGUGACUGAAAGCACACGACGUCAGAGUUCCGUACCUGAACACGCUGACUGUUACCUGCUUCUCUUUAGGUCUUUAACGAGUCCUCUACCUCAUGCUGACACCAGAGACGACUCGCACAGCAUCGCUGUCGGGUGAGAACAGCACACCUCCGAAACUGCAGGGCCGGACAAAAUCAAAUCAGUAUGACACUACGUUCAUUUGGCCAGUGUUUAAAUCUGUCACCAUGUGCACAAAUGAGUCCAGAGUCAGCUGCUGGAAUUCAUUCAUUUAAACAGCAGCAGGUGACCGAACACCCACGGAACGUCAGCGAACGUGACACUGAACUGCCAUCCAGCGCCGCUUUAACCUGCGUGGUUUUAAAAGGUUUUCAGGCUGGCGAGGACUUCCAGUAACAGAGCGUAUUUAGUCACCAGUGCCUGUUUGAAUGUCGUUAUGAGACCGAACCAUCACAGACACCCCAGAGCAAAUUUAGAAACAUCUUCUGCCACAAAUCCAACAUGUUUUCAAGUUAUUCUUAAUACAACACUCGCAUGCGCACUGACAGCAGCGCCGACUGCUUCACGGUCCUCGUGGAAGACGCCAAAGCUUUGGCUCGUCUCAGACGGCUGAGGCCAGGAGGAGUGAUUAACCGUCACCAGAGCGUAACUUUGGAACGUGCAGCAGCCUGUUUUGUUCCUGAACGCCCCUCUGACUCAGCGCUCGUCGCUUUUUCUCGCCAAUUCAGAACGUUUGGCUGCACAGUCACAGCAGUUUCUGUCCACGAGUAGAUGCACGACGAUACGCAAGGAAAGUAGUUCCUCCGUGAAACUGCGAACAACGAGGAUUAUGGAUUAUGUUGUUAUUUAAAGUCUUUUACUAUGAAGCAGCAAAGUCAGGAAGUGUUUGGUAUUAAUGAGCAGCAGCUCAACACAACAGCCGAGGACGAACGUGAACAAACGGUCAAAUAAAGCAGAUAAGUUCACGCCACAGCAGUUCAGUCAGGAGCUUUUAAAAACGUCUUUCUCUCUGGUGCACGAGUCGAGUCCGAACGGGGGGGCGUCACGGGCCGGGCGGGCUUUGGCCUCACCGUGGAGGCGGUUCGGAUCCAUCUCGGCGCUACUGAAGCCACCGCGAAACUGUUUGAGUCGAUCACUUUCGUGUGAGUGUCGUAUUAAGACGAGAAAACUGCUGCCAACGAGAGUUCAAACGCUCUGCUCAGACGUGUUGCGGUUCUCCGUCGUGUACAUAGUGUGGUUUUUUCACACUUUAUUUACUCCCCUGAAAGACGGCCUUUGUGAUAUUUUGUAUUUCUGAAAUAAAUGUGACGUCUGCUUUCUGAAA